AUGGUGACCACGGAGUUCGAUGGACCCUUGGAACCCUACGUGCUCGAUUUCGUCAUCGCGCUCGGUGACGUGUUCGACACCCUGCUCAGCUACGUCAAGGAGCCGCCCAGGAAGCUCCCCGUGCGCGAGCACCCCGAGGAGUUCAUCCGAUGGGUUCAUGAAUGGAACCGUGUGCCCUUCGUGGCGCCGCGCAGCGAAGCGACGCUGUUCCCGGUGGGCUUCGACUACCCGGUCUACAGCGCCUAUCCCGAAAAGACCGUCGUGGACAUCAUCGGCCCGCGCCGACUGUUGUCGCCCGAGGUCGACCGUCCGGCUGCCGCCGUCGAUCCCACCGAUGUACAGGGCAAUAUCCUGCGCGGCUACCGGGCCAAGCAUGGGCGUUACCUGUUCUUCCGCGUGACCGAUGCGGUGGCGGCCCGACGUUGGCUCGCCACCGAUCUUCCCGACGCGACCAAGCCCUGGGCCGGUAUUGCAGACGCCACGGACUGGGGCGCGGUGAAACCGAACACGCUGACCCAGGUCGCGUUCACCUACUCCGGUCUGCAGACCCUCAUGCCGGCAGCGCGACAAACGGAACUCGCGCCGUUUCCUGAUGCCUUCAAGCAAGGCGCUGCGGCGCGUGCGUACGACAACUUCGACCGGGGCACGAGUGCGCCCGAGACCUGGCUGUUCGGCCAAGAGGGCCAGCCCAUCCACGUCGUGCUCUUCGUGUACACACCGCACGAUCCGGCGCCGCCGGCAUUCGCGGCCGCGGUUCAGGCCCUGGAGGGUUUGAGCGGUGCCGGUUUGUCUCACCUGCUGACGCAAAGCGGCGUUGCCAACGGCGGCAAGGAAUGGUUCGGCUUUGCGGACGGGCUUUCCAAUCCCGGCAUCAGCGGCCAGUGCCCAGGGUCGGAACCCACGUUGCAGCCGUUGGCGAGUCCCGGCGAGUUCCUUCUGCAUCCUGACUACAAGAGCAUCUACGCCGGUCGGUCCAUUGGCGAGAUGCCGCGAGCCCUGGCGAGCAACGGCACAUUUGGCGUCCUGCGACUCAUGGAGCAGGACAUCAAUCUCUUUGAGCAGGAGACGCAAGACGAGGCAACGCGUCUUGGCGUCGAUGUGGAUCGGUUGCGCGCCAAGCUGGUCGGACGUUGGGCAAACGGCGCUCCGCUGUCCCUCUACCCGGACAACCCGCCGACCGCUAGCGAGCUGGAAGCAGGGCCGGUGAACGCGUUCGACUAUUCACCGAGCUGGGAGUUCCCCGACGUCACCGACGACCACGCCGGCGCUCUGUGUCCAGUGGCAGCCCACAUCCGUCGUGCCAACCCUCGCACGGCGCGCGUGGCGGGCCAGGCCCACUCCCGGCGUCUCCUGCGCCGGGGCAUGCCUUCCACCUGGGCCGCGUCUGACGGCACGCCGCGGCACGGGCUGAUGGGGCUGUUCAUGGGUGCCAACAUCGAACAGCAGUUUGAAUUCAUCCAGCGAGAGUGGCUGCACGGCAGCAUCGCGGCCAGCGGCAUCCGCGGCACGACAGACGCGAUCUCCGGCAUCCGCACUGAAAAGACGGACUUCCCCUUCAUCGAGCCGCACCCGGUCUGCUCGUACGCGCCGCCGCAGCGCCUCGUUGCCAGGUUCUCGCCAUGGGUGCGCACGCGCGGCUGUCUGUAUCUGUUCUUCCCUGGCAUCGCGGCCUUGAAGUCCAUCAACAGGUCCAGCGCUUCACCCGCUGCCGAUGCAAGCACUCAGGAGGUCCAGGCGGAACAAGCUGAGGGCAUCUUGAACGUUGUGCAGCAAGCCGUUGAAAACAUCAGCACGGCCAUCGACCAGGCCUCGACGGGCAGCUCGGUCGUCCAGGCCGUGCUUUCCGACCUGGGGGCGAGCCCCCUGCUGGGCGACCUGUCAGAGCUGAGGGCCUUGCAGAAUGAGCCGGCGCUGCAGCCGCUGCUGAACUUUGGGUGGCGGGAGAUGGUCCAGGACCUGCUCGACCGGAACCUGGACUCGCAUUGGUUCAGAGAUUUCCUUUACGCCAUUGCGCCCUCGCAUGACGACGCUCAGCGUCCGCCGAACGUGCCGAUGGCGGAGCUGGACCUGACCGACCCUCGCCUGCGGGCCGACCCGUUUGCGGCGUUGAAGCGCCUUCGCGAUAGCGGCCAGACGCUGGUGUGGGUUCGCGAACAGGAGGCCGUCUGGGUCUUGAGCGACGCCGGCUGCCGCGAGCUCUUCACCAAGAACGCGGGGUUCCUGCAAACCCCACCCAAGGCCCCCCCGGACGGGAUCAAGGCACUGCCGGGCGGCAUCGUGACGAUCGAUGACCCAAGGCACGGGCCGGUGAAGGCGGCAUACAUGCAAGCCUUCACCGCGGCGCUCCAAUCGCUCGAGGACGAGGGGUUCAUCGAACAGGUCGUGCGCGAGACCGUCAAGGGUUUGGUGGAUCAAGUCCAUCUGCGGCACUUCGACUACAUGAGCCAGUUCGCCCAUCCGGUGGCGCGACGUGUCAUCUGGCGCUUUAUUGGCAUCGACGACCCCGCAGAGCAACGGGCAUGCGAUGCGCUCGCCGAUCGGCUGGUGCAGCACUAUGGCAAGACGGCAGGCGGGACCGGCGUGCAGCGCCUGAUUGCGGCCGAUGCGGGUCUGCGUCUGGCCGCGCGCUUGGCCGGUCCUUUGGCCAGGGCGUGCCUCCCGCUGAACAACACCUACGACGGCACAUUGAUCGGCGAGCUUGCCAGACGGACCAGCCUCCAUGCCGGUUCUCCAGCGGAUCCAGAGCUGAACUUCAUCGAGACGUUGCUGACGCUGGUGCAGACGGUGUUGGCCAGCCAGUCGCCGCAUUUCCUCCUGGGCAGCGCGGCGUUGCACUUGAUGAAACCUGAUCCGCGGCCUGAGAAGGGGGGCGCUAUUCCCUGGGUCGGGCUGGCUUCCCUGAGCCAGGCUGAUCUGAAGGCGGCUCUGGUGCUCGCGCUCAACGAGGUCCGGCGCUGUGAGCCGCCGCUCGCCUUGGUCGAGCGUUACGCGAGCGGAACGGAGUCGAUCCUGGGUGUGACCUUGCCGAAGGGUUGCGCCGUCUUCGCGAUGGUGGCCUCGGCCAACCGCGACCCACAAAAGUAUCCAGCGGCACCCGAGGACUUCCACGUCGACCGGCAGGAGGCGAAAGACCACCUCUCCCUCGGCGGCGGCAUCCACAAAUGUGCCGGCGAGGCUUUGCAGCGCCUCCUGGUGCCCACUGCGCUGGGGGCCCUCAUCAAGGCCAUGCCCGGGCUUCGCUUGAGCAAUCCGGCUGCCCAGCCCGCCUGGCACGCUACGAUCUAUUUCCGUGUGUUGCAGGCGCUUUCUGUCACGCGCUGUCCUCCUCCCCCACCUGUGAGCGUCGCUGCCCGCGUCCAUGGAGAUCCUCAAGUUCCAAUUUCUUGA